AUGGAAGAUCAAUUAGAAAGAGAGAAUUCACCAGAAGCAUUCGAUGCUGAGGACGGAGGUGGAAGCUCAAGUACUGAAACAAACAGUGCAACAUUGGAACGUUUACGAGAAAUUUUGAAGCAUCGCGAAUCGACUAUUGAAGAUUUGCGCCAAACAGUAGCAAUACUAAAACAUAAUAUUGAGGAACAACGUGAUGAAAUUAUACGCUUAAAAAGUUUAAACAGUAAUAUUCAUAAGCCGCAAAAUUCACCGAUCUCAUUACCGUUUGAACUUAUCAAGAUGAUCUUUUAUCUAUGUGAUGCCCUUACACGAUGUCGCAUUUGUUGCAUUAAUAAAAGAUUGGCUGAAGAAUUGAGCAGCUGGGUCGACGUUCAGCACCUUUACUUAACAAGAGUACCAAUUGAACAUGAAGCAAAUAAAACCGUUGUGAUACAUGCCUAUCAAGCUGUCACCAAUUCUCCUGCAGUAGGCGUAAUUCGUACCACUAAAGCUAUUCCGAUGCUCUAUAAUUUCCGUCUUGUUUAUACUCUGAGCGAUUUCCUCACAUUGCCAAAUCUUCGUACGCUCCAUAUCCGAGAAGCACUAACAUUAGCUGAUUCCACCAGUGGAUAA